UCGUUCAGCCAUUCGUCCCAGUGUGACGUCAUGUCUUGCCGAACGUGCUUGGUACUGGUGGCUUUGGCCUUGACGGCCUUGACCAGUGCAGAGGACGCAACUGGUCAUUCCCCUGAGCUGACUGAGUUGCCAGAUGAGAGGGGCUUGCCAGACACUCCAGGGCCAUACAAAGAAGCGCCAAGUGACGCUGAUGCCGAAAAGCCUGCGCAUGCCAUGCCAGCUUGGAGGUCCAAGGUUCCUAAUGCCACCCAGGGUAGCCUUGGCAGCUUGGUGUCUUUGAAAGCUUGGCAGGACUAUCAGUUCUGCAACGUUCACAAGACAGGUUUCUUCUGCGAUGGCACCACUCGCAUUCGCUGCUGUAAGUUGGAGGAUGGCUAUGCCAAAUGCGGUUCAACUGCAAACUCAGGCACUUGUGCAGCCGAGAAGCCUGACUUAUCCAAGCUGAAAAGCCUUGGGUUCUAUAAAACAAGACAGGCAAGCAGCUUUUGCCAGAGACAGCUUCACGUCGGCACCUAUUGCUACAAGCACCGCUACGUCUACUGCUGCAACUAUGGAGCGGGAGUUGUAGAAUGCCAACCUCAACACCAGAGCGGCCGCUGGUGCAUGGAUGUGUUUAUCUAAUUCGUUCUAGGUCUGAAAUUGUAAAGUUGCACGGCUUGGUCGGUCGCACCCUUUGGGCGCCAUUUGUACGACCUUUCAGCUGCACAGAGCUUGAAAAAAACAAGCAGCUGAAUUGUAAGCUUUCUCGCAGUUUGUGCACCAACCUGGUGACUGCAUUGCUGAGCACAGAGCUCGCUUGUUGGUUGGAGUUACUGCGGAAAACCACCUCCAAACCCGGAAGAGCAGUGG